AUGUUGAUCUUCUUCGCUCUUCUUCUGGGACGACUUGUUUCGUCUAUCCGAGACUUCUCCGUAAGUGACGAGCUGCAGAAGGACUUUGAUGGAGACACACCAGACGGGUACGACGAGUUCUACACCCAUUUCCAUGUUACACCGGAGACGCACCGAGCGAUCCUCGACGGCCACGGUGACACGGCCGUCACCUUGUCCGUCGUCUUUGCCUUGCAUCCGGCCGCCUCUGUCAUCGGCUUGACGUUGCCUCCCGGCUACCUUCUUCUGGAUGCAGCUGGCAGUUUCCAGCCUGGAUGCCCCCAGGUCUUUACCCCGCAGGACUUGAAUCAGAAGUCUGCUUAUGCGAACGAGACACAGGCGAAGCCCUUGACUCCACAUGUCAUCAGUUGCGAGGUCUACAACAAGCUGGAUGAUCAAAUAGUUGCUGAAGGAAACGGAACUGAAGCCCAGCAGAAAGAUGCGGUGGUGGCUCUAACCCUGACGCUGGAGCCGGACUUGCCCGGACUCUCCAAGAAAGACUUAGCGGUGGAUCAUGGAAACGGUUCGCACGUGGUGCCCUUGUCCUGGUGGUUCUUCCACAUUCGUGUCCGCUAUCCGGACCGAUCCCCCGAUCCCCAGGACAACAAGUUCCUUUUACAUUGGGCUUCGGCUUCACAGCAAGACUGGGAAGGUGAGACUGCCUUCCAAUCAUGGCCAAUCCUGGGCGAUUGGGAUUGCGCCUACUCAGACUGGGAAGGGUGGGGCUCCUGCUCUGCCCGCUGUGGCGGUGGAAACCGCAUGCUAGUCAGAAGGCCUUUGCAGCAGCCUCCCGGUGGCCAGGAGUGCAAUGAAAUCCUUCAUCCCAAUCCAGGGAGGUGUAACGAGCAUCCCUGUCUGUACUCCUGUGGUUACAAGGAAGAGGUCAUCGAAGGCGAGUGUUCGGCCUCUUGCGGUGGCGGAGUCAAGUUCACCCGGAAGAGGUUCUUUAUCGACGGCGACAACUUCCACCUUUGCCCGCAGAUGGGGGAGCGGUACUCUGAGCAGCUGGAGCCGUGCAAUACACAGCCGUGCAAAGCUAGGUGUGAGCAUUCCAAGAAGUGGGAAGUGAUCACACCCUGCGAUGCGGCAUGUGGCAAGGGUCACUUCAUUGUCAUGAAGCAGGUGUUGCAGAAGGACAUAGAGGAUGAGAACUGCACUGCGGAGUGGAAGUGGCUGCCGUGCAUCCAGCAGCACUGUACCUCGUUUACGGUUUCUAGAAUGGUGGCCAACUUGCAGCCGCAUCCAGAAGAGAGGAUCAAAGUGCUGCUCAGCUGGGCCAAUAAAGUUGAAACACGGAAGAUCACCGUUCGUGCUCCUUUGGGAUACAAAUUCGGCGAGAAGCACGGAGAUUGCAAGAUCUUAUUCCACAGCCUGCAGCCCCACUUCUUGAACUGCAAGGUGACUGAUCAGCAGAACGAAGCAGACAUCAACUUCCAGACACCGCUUCCCCCUGCAGAAACUCAUGGUGCUCAGAAUGGCACCAUGAGUGGGAG